AUGGCAGAUAUUAUUGGUCCAGGAGCCAUAGUUGGGCUUAAGUACCAUGACAAUUUAUUCUUGAACUCUACAAUGAUUCCCAUAGUACAUUCCAUGUCUGACUUCAGGAGCUUCCUCAAAGAAUCAUACAAUGUGAAAGCUUACAAGGACGUUCCAACAAUGGCUGUAAAGCCAAGGCUGCUUCUCAUAUCUCGUAACGGAUCAAGGAGCAUUACGAACGAGCUUGAAUUAAAGAAACUGAUGGAGGAAGUAGGAAUUCAAGUCAUUGUGGCCGAGCCUAAAACGACGUCGAAUUUAGCUAAGUUUGCUGGGUUGGUGAACUCAUGCAGAGUUAUGGUUGGAGUCCAUGGAGCAGGGCUCACAAACCAAGUGUUCUUGCCUGAUGGCACGAUGAUGAUGCAGUUGGUUCCGCUGGGACUAGACUGGGCUGCAACCAACUGCUAUGGUGAGCCUGCAACUAAAAUGGUGUUGCAGUAUUUGGAGUAG